AUGAUGAUGGACUGUGACGACCAACCGCAGCAGCACCGAAUGACAUAUCACACGCUGGACUAUGACCGCCUCCUGGAGGUGUCCACGGUCAAGUCCAAUGUGUUCAAGAACAUAGUUGAGGCCCUGAAGGUAGUCAUCACAGAGGCCAACCUGAUUUUCACACCCGAGGGGAUCCGGCUGGCUUCCGUGGAUACCCGCAAGUACGCCCUGAUCCAUCUGGGGAUCGACAGGGACGCCUUUGAGAUCUACCACGUCCCACACAAAGUGGUCGUGGGCCUGGACAUGAUCCAUCUCCACAAGAUCUUCCGCACGAUCGUGGCCAAUGACACCCUGACGUUCUUUGUGGACAAGUCCAACACCUCCAAGCUCGGCUUGCUAAUCAAAAACUCGGAGCGGAAGGCGGUCAACAAGUUUAUGAUCCCGAUGCUGCAGCUGCCAGAGUACUCUGUCUGCGACAUCCGCGAGUUUGAGCAUGCUCCGCCCGAGAUCCACAGUGGGGACUUUCAAAAGAUCUGCCGGGACAUUGCCUCCAUGGGGACGGAGGUUAUUGACAUCACCCUGUUCAAGAAGCAGCUGAUCUUCAGCAGCCGCGAGAGCGUGAUCGAGCAUGAGGUCCAUGUCGAUGUGCUGAACCACACGGCGAUGGGCGGAACCGGGGCGGAGACGGACAUUAUCCAAGGGACUUUCUUCCUCAAGUUUCUGGUGGGGUUCUCCAAGGCGGUGCACUUAUCUCCGCGGGUCCGCGUGAUGAUACAGAACAGCUGUCCGCUCAUACUAGAAUACCAGAUCGAAGCUCUGGCAAAGUCAUCCCUGAAGUACGUCUUGAGCCCCGUCAAGACGGGGGACAUGGGCGGGGCUCACCUUCAUCGCUACUACCAGCGCUACCACCAGCAACCGCUCCACGUCCGUCUUCUGACACCCCUCCUUGACUUUGCCAUUCUUGUAUCCGGCGCCUAUCUGCUUGCCAAACUUGCCUACGCCCUCAUCUACAUUGGCUUCACUGGCACCAUUUCUUCUGCCUAUAGUUUUGUUGAUCGUGACUCUGAUUCCCCCAACACCUUCAGCUCUGUGAUCAUGGUCAGGUUGGAUAUCCACCCCGAUCAAGAGAUCAGACACAACGGAGGCUGGCGCUUCUUUGAUGUCAUCUUCAGACAUCAAGGAGUCGUCACCUUCGGUACGAUGAUCCGUGACUCGAGAACCUGGAACGUGUUCUCCUCGAACGGAUUCUAUCACGUCCGUGUCGGCAACAGCUCUAUCCGUGUUGCCAUCAAGGACAUCAUCCACACGACUGUGGUUUCCUACUCCCUCGAUGCCCUCGGUAUCGACUACAACCCUUCAAUCGAGCCCGUCCCAGAGAACCUCAAGAGCGGCAUCCAUCACCCCUACAUCCAGAACAAUCGCAAGCGUGCUCCUCCUGGUGCCCCCAUCAAGAAGAACCCCACUCGCGACUAUCGCACCCACUCUGCAUCUCCCUCUCCCACCCCUCACACGAUCGAUAUCCCAACCACCCCUCCCAUGAAGGAUGUAUCGUUCAAUAUGUGA